UUUCUUUAGUUUCUAAACCCUAAAAAAUUACUGGUAACAUUUCCAGUAGGGUAUAUAAUUCCCCCCUCGGCGCCGGGCCAAGUUCCACAAAUUCACCGAUCUUAGGCCUCCAAUUGGGGCGUUUCUUAGCCUUUUUGGUUGUUGAUAAUUGUUGUUGAAAUUCUUAGAGAAAUGGCGACCGUACCGGACCAGCUGGUGUGGGAAAUCGUGAAGAAAAAUAACUGUUUUUUGGUCAAGGAGUUCGGUAAUGGCACAGCUGGUGUUGUGUUCAGCAAAGAGCCAAACAAUCUUUACAAUCUUCAUUCUUACAAGCACACCGGGCUGGCAAACAAGAAAAGUGUGACCAUUCAAGCUGGUAAAGACCAAACGGUGCUGCUAGCUACAACGAAGACCAAGAAGCAGAACAAACCUGCUGAUUUGCACAACAAGUCUGUCAUGAAGAAGGAAUUCCACCGCAUGGCAAAGGCUGUUAUCAACCAGGUAGGAGAUAACUACUAUAGGCCAGACCUGAAGAAAGCAGCACUUGCUAGAUUGAGUGUUGUUAACCGGAGCCUCAAGGUUUCAAAGUCAGGUGCUAAGAAGAGGACAAGGCAGACUGUUGCAUGAAAACAUUUCUGCACACAUCCCUUCUUUAUUUCUAUUGGUCCCUAAAUAUGGUUUUGGAUUCCUUUUUUGUUUUGUGAGAUUAUAUCAUCCCAUGAGUUGUAUGAACUUUUAACAAACAAGCUAUAUGAACAUUGUUGCAAUUUUAUGCCAUUUUUGGAUAGUCAAGUAGUCUUUUAGAGUUCAAAUAUUAUUUUUGGUCGAACAGUAAAUAAGUUGUACUUCCUCCGUCUCU